AUGCCGUUGCGUCGGGAACAGACAUCGGCGCCCAUGGCAAACGCCUUGAAGCGUGUUUACUUCCCAAGCUUCCAGAGACCUGGUCGCUCCGGCACUUGGAUCCCGAACUCGCCUCCUGUUCGAUCGAAUAAAUACAAUACGCUCCCGGUUAGCAACCAGAAACCACUCUGCAAGCAGCAAGCAAGCGAAGAGCUCUCAAGACUGGCUUCCUCCACCCCAGACGCCACGUCCUCUUCCUCCUCUUCUCGCCAUGUCGCCUCCUCUGAAACCCGUCUCCGCAGCACUUCAGCACUUUUGAGCAGCCUCCUCGAUCCCAACUUUCUUCCUCCUCCUCCUUCCCCGUCCAAUGUCUCCUCCAAAGCCUCCCCACGCACUCCGUCACCGCAGACCGUAACUACCAACCCCUUACAUCCCCGCGUUGCCGUGAUACUAGGCGUUGAUCGCCGCUGGUACCUCCCUCUACUGGUCUGUCGAGCACUAAGCAUCGCGCCAGCGGCAUGGUGGGGUCUCAGAUGUGCGUUUACUUUUCUGACUGAGCUGUUAAGAAUUGAGCCGCGUUUGUGGAAUCCGGAACAUGACGGCGUUAGCGGGACGGGAGGAUGGACAGCGGCGAUAAUGAAGGGGACAGCGACGGUAGCUUCGGUGGAUUGGGAUGUCGAUAGGAGAUUCAGGGUUACAGAGGUCGCACUGGCAAUCAUCUGGUGCUUUUCUUCCGCAUAUCUGUCGUAUUUCUUUGCUGAUUGCAUGAUGUCUCGAUGGCUUCUUAAUUACACACCUCCAGCCGUUGUCAUUCGCCUCCUCACCACGAACUCUCUCCUUGCCUAUCUAACAUCCUGGAUUCUCCACCUCUCCGGCGCAUCAUCUGAUCCGCGUCUGCUCCUCCCAGCAUGGAUAUCUAUUACUUCAAUCCUAACCCUUCUUUACCACCUCACGCAACGCAAAAUCAACAUCAAGAAAGAAACCGCCGCAUCUCUCUCCGUCUUCUCCAUUGCCAGCUUCAUAAGCAUGUGCUCCCUCCUCCUACAACUCCACUUAUCUCGAGAAAACGAGAUGGAGAUACCCCUGUUCAUCCUGGGCAAAAAGGUCUGGGGAAUCGUUGCCGAGAAGAUGGUUGUUGUUGAGCACUUGCGUAAUGGCCCUCCUGGAGUUUAA